AAAUAACAUAGCUGUCAAACGUAAGAGGUUAUGUGCAUAAUUACAAAAACAAAUGGAUUAGUUAGUUAACAAAUUAAAAUGGCUAAAAAUGCCGAACUAUUUAUUUGUUUAAUAGUGGUUAUAUCAUCUCUACUAGUUUAUAUAUUAAAUGUAUGGCUAUUAAACACGGAUUUAGUGCAAAAUCCUCCAGAAGACUACAGUUGGAUUAUACAUGGAUUUCGGAAUAUUUUGGGAUACGCGACGUUAUUUCUACCUGGAUAUCUGGUGUAUAAAUAUCUUAGUAAGACAAAUUACUUAAAUAAAAGUGGAAGAGGGGUUUUUGGAGGGAUUAUAAGGACUUUGUAUGCCGAAAAUGAAUUAAUACCAGAGACACAAGCCAGUCAAACGGCUGCAGAACUCCGGACACCAUUACAAACUGCUGUAUUGUUAAUAUGUUAUUUUGGUGGAUUGCAAAUUUCAUAUCUAUCAUGGGCAUUAUUACAAGAAAAAGUUAUGACACAAAAAUAUGAAAAUGCUGAGGGAGAAGUGGAAUACUUUAAGGAUUCACAAUUUUUAGUUUUUGUUAAUAGGAUUUUAGCAUUUGUAAUGGCUUCAAUAAUUUUAUUUUGUACAAGACAACCAAGGCACAAAUGUCCACUCUACAAAUAUGUAUUUUGCUCUUUUUCAAAUAUUAUGAGUUCUUGGUGUCAAUAUGAGGCAUUAAAAUAUGUGGCUUUUCCACAUCAAGUUCUUGCCAAAGCAAGCAAAACCAUUCCAGUAAUGAUAAUGGGUAAAGUCAUGUCUAAAACCAAAUAUGAAUACUAUGAAUAUGUUACUGCAGGAAUUUUAUCAAUAGGUAUGCUGUUUUUCAUGCUGGACACUGGCAAUGAUAAGGCUAAAUCAACUGUUACUACAUUUUCUGGUGUAAUAAUACUUUGUUCAUACAUUAUUUUUGAUAGCUUUACCUCUAAUUGGCAAGGGAGCCUUUUUAAAAGAUAUGAAAUGAAACCCAUACAAAUGAUGUGCUUUGUAAAUUGUUAUUCCUGCAUUUUUACUGCUGUAUCACUUUUACAGCAGGGAGGUUUUUUCACUUCACUCAAUUUUAUCAUCAAAUAUCCAAAUUUUCUUGUAGAUGCACUUCUGCUUUCUGUUUGCUCAGCUGCUGGUCAACUUUUUAUUUUUAAGACUGUUGCAACAUUUGGCCCCUUAGUUUUUGUAAUUAUUAGUACAAUUAGGCAGGGCUUCUCUGUGUUACUUAGUUGUUUAGUGUAUCAUCAUGAAGUCCAUGCAUUGGGAAUAUUUGGAAUUUCAUUAGUUUUUCUUAGUAUUUUGCUAAGAAUUUAUUGUGAUUAUAGAAUAAAAUCUCUGAAAAAGCAACAUGCUGGCAUUGUUAAGAAUCAAAUUAAUUUAAAAUAAUUGUAUAGUACAAUAAUAUAAUUUUAUUUAUACUGUAGAAUAAAUUUAUACACAUUAUUUAUGUAAUUUUAUGUUAGG